GAUGUGAUGAGCUACUGGACCUCUACUUCCAGAGUGCAUUGCUAUACAAAGUCUAUGCGUUUCAUUUCUAUCUGUAAACUUAUCACUUUUCCACGGUGGUUGCCGGGAAUAGUAGUUUUUAUUUGCGUACUGCAGGACGGUAACUCCCAUAAUCUGCUGAGUUUACGCUAUUACUUCUUGAAGGACAAUUUCAAAUAUGGAACCACAAUUCCCAAGACUCUCUGCAAUGUCACAUUUCCUUUGUCUAGUUUUAGCCUAAACAACACUCUCUGACCUUUGGUAUUUUAUACGAAUAAUAAUAGUUUAAUUUCAAGCAAUUCUUACACGGUGAAAAUCAAACGGACUAUGGGAAUCCAUGAACCCACAAGUAAUCAAAGCAGAUCUUAUGAAUAUUGUACGCGUUAAAAAAGGGGGGAUGAGAUCUGGCCAAAACAACAUACCCCUCGGAUCAGAUGCCUUUUGGUGAAGCUCAACGUCUUCAUACUGGGCACUGCCCUCCUGGAGUGCACAUAUUCUUGCAUCCCAAUUGGAACACAGCAGAUGUUAUAGAUACCUUAAGCUCUGGAUUAACAGACGAAAAAUGCAGCUAAGCAAUUCAUUUGAAGAGGAACGUAUAACAUUUGAUGAUGUGGCUGUGUAUUUCUCAGAGGAAGAAUGGAAAUAUUUAGGAGAUCGGCAAAGGCUGCUUUAUAUGGAUGUGAUGAUGGAAAACUUCUUGACUCUUCACUCAUUGGGCUAUAUACAUGAAAGGCCAGAAAUCAUAUCCAGGAUUAAACAGGGUCUGGAGGCAUUUUGUAUGUCUGCACAUAGAGAUCUUGGAUCCAUAAAAAUUAAGGAAGAGCCAAUAAGUGUGCCAGUAAACCACGUAGAUUUGUCAAAGCAAGAGAUGAACAUAUUAUUAAAAUACCGGCAUGUAGAAGAUGUUAUCGAAAGAAAACAAAGCGAUGCUUUUCAGAACUGCAGAGAAAGUUUUGGGGAAGAAAUGUCUCAACAUAAUACAGAAGUUGAUGGAAGAGAAUAUGCAAGAAUAGAAUUCACAUCUUUGUAUAAUGAUACAUGCACAGCUAGAAAUACUACAUCUAUACAAGGAUACAGUAAUAAAGAUAAUCAGAGCUCCUACAUUUUGCAGGAUAGUCCCACUUUGAGAUCACUGUCACUCUGUCCCUCCAGUAGCACACCUUCCCAUGUAAAUGAUCCAGUUUCACAAAGAAAAACUGAGGAAUACCUAACCACACCUCAGGAAUACACUGACUCCACCAUGCAUGACUCCUCCCACAUCACACAACAGUUUCCCCCUUGGGUUGUCAGGGCUCAACCCACAGAUCUCUCUGACUCUGCCUCUAGCCUCACAGUCCCACAUACAGUUGGGGAAAUGUUGGAAGAUAUGGAUACAUCUGACCAUGAAAGUAAUGUAUGGCAUGAAGCAAAUCCCAGUAACACUGUUUUUCAUAAUUCUACUACAGUAGAGAAACUUUAUGCUUGCACAGAAUGUGGCAAAAACUUUAAUCGUAGUUCCCAUCUCUUAAGACACAAGAGAAUUCAUUUAGGUGAGAGACCUUUCUUCUGUGGGAAAUGUGGGAAAAGUUUUAUUGAUAGUUCCCAGCUGGUUAUACACCACAGAACCCAUACUGGAGAAAAACCUUAUGCUUGCAAUGGAUGUGAAAAAACUUUUAUAUGUAAGUUACACCUUGUUAGACACCAGAGAUCCCACACAGGAGAGAGGCCAUAUGUCUGUAGUAUAUGUGAAAAAGGGUUUGCGCAAAGCUCCAAUCUGCUGACCCAUUUAAGAACGCACACGGGGGAAAAACCGUAUUCCUGCAUGCAUUGUGGAAAGUGCUUUAUUAGGAGGUCGCACGUUGUUAGGCAUCAGCGCAUACACACUGGAGAGGGACCUUACCUUUGUACUGAAUGUGGAAAAAGCUUUACUGAAAGCUCAGCUCUUCUAAAACACCAGAGAUCUCACACUGGAGAAAAGCCCUAUGCGUGUACCAAAUGCCAGAAAAACUUCAUAGACAAGUCUGCUCUUGCCAAUCACCUGAGGACUCACACUGGGGAAAGACCUUACCUAUGUAGAGUAUGUGGAAAAUCAUUUACUCACGGCUCGGCUCUCAUAAAGCAUCGGCGAAUUCAUACGGGUGAAAAGCCAUACACCUGUGGAAACUGUGGGAAAAGUUUUUCUCAGACCUCUGCACUUGCUAACCAUGAAAGAACACAUACUGGAGAGAAACCAUUUUCGUGUACUGACUGUGGUAAAUGUUUUACCCAAAGUUCAUCUCUCGUCAAACACCAGAGAACACACACUGGGGAGAGGCCGUAUUCGUGCACUGAAUGUGGCAAAAGCUUUACAUACAGUUCAGUUCUUGUAAAACACAGAAGGACACAUAACAAAGAGAGACUUUGUACUUAAAGAACGGCAUCCACAGACAUUUUCCAAAAUAGUAAAAUGCCCCUUGCCUAAUAAAACCAGUGGAAACAUGAGUAGAGGGAGAGAGUUGCUUGUUGUAAACACAUAACAUAAAAUUACUGUUAAACCUGAAUUGUUUCAUAGUAAAGAAAUAUAUUAUAUA